GCGCUCUCUCCUCUCUCCUCGUAUGCUUGCGACGACUGGGUGGAUUGAUCCUGGCGCUUCUUUCAUCCUUCCUUCUGCGAAGCUUAAGGAAUCAAAAUGGCGUCCGCACUUGCAAUGCUAGAGUACGGCUCGUGAAAUCUAUCCAUGGGUUUGGAACGGCUCGCAACGUGCAGCGUAGAUGCGGUUGGAAGACCUGGCUGCCGGAGAACAUCUACAAUGAAGAGAAGAACAUCGAUCGCAAACGUAAGCGACCGCGGUGUGAAGAUCUCAGUUUAACACUCGCUAGGGUUCCUCUUAAUCCUAGACCUGCAAAGAAAGGCAGGUGUGUCCGGCGUAGUGCUUGGCGAUUUAUUCUCCCUUCAUCGGUAGACCUGGUAGGCGACGAGUCGCUGAUAACCACGGCUGCAUGGAGGGCUCAGAUCCCCUCAUCGGUUGACCUGGUAGGUGACGAGUCACUGUUAUCCAUGGUCGGGGAAGCUGGUAAAAACAAAAAUUAUCAUGGCGACUUCAUGGCUGAUCAAUUCGGGGGGAAGGGUCGGGACUUUGCUGCGGAGGCGGUGGAAGUACGGUCACUGCAUAUUCUCCGACCCCUCGUUUCUUCGUCGGAACCAACCAAUGAGCCGACUGAAGUGCCCGUCGGCGGAUCCCCCCAAAUCCGGGAUCUUCGUUCGAGCCAGGAUUGGGUGGUCUGUUCAAAAUUUGAUUCCCCUAUUAUCUCGGUGACAAGAGAUUUGCGCCAGAUUGAUAAGGCCCAUCGGGAUUAUCCUCCCCAAAAUCCAUUAUUUGUUAACAGUCCGGGUCCUAAUCGACUUCCAACUCCUAUGCGUACUGGGACUCUCCGAGGCGGUUUGGAGUUGGAUUUGGCAUCUCUAUAUAUAUUAUCCCCACCGAAACCUAUGAGCAUAUCAUUCGCUCGCUUUUGGUUUGGUGGAAGACCUGUUACCUCGGCAUUUUCAACUCUCUCGUCCGCGUGGAGAACUGUCCCAGGAGCUGUGCAAAAUGGCCCAUGUUGCGAACGACCAAGUAGUGCAAUUCUCCCUGGAAGAGGUGCAAUCGACCCGGUACCGAGCCUCUCGCACUCUAUUGGGUCGGCUUUUUACCAACGAUCGCGUCACGACCAUGGAGCUGCGUGAAGGGCUGCUUGAUGCAUGGAAGAUUCGUGGCCAGCUAAAGGUGCUGAAAACAAAGCAGGGUCUCUUUGAAAUUGUGCUGCCGAACGAGGAGGCCAAACAGUGGGCUCUCUCGAGAAACCCAUGGAUCAUCAAGGAUCGCCUGCUGACCCUUCGUCAAUGGUCCCCUGCCAUCUCGAAGGGCGUUUUUGAUGAAAUGGCUAAGGCCCCUUUUCGUGUGCAGCUCUGGGGAGUGCAAGAGGACCUGUGCACCAAGUUGUUUGGCCAAAAAUUAAUAGCCACUACCAUGGGCAAGGUGCUGGACUCAAGAAUCUUUGCCUGUAAAGAUUCUGGAGAGCGUUUUAUCAAAGUGAAUACUAUUAUAGAUUUUGCAAAGCCGCUCCGCUCGCAAUUAAUGGCAAUCUGUGAAGAUAUGGAUGGCUUUUGGGUGAGCCUCAAAUAUGAAUUUUUGCCGAACUUUUGCUUCCGCUGUGACCGGGUUGGUCAUGCUCGCCGUGACUGCAAUCAUGAUCCACCAAACGGUCAGGAGCGGUUCGGACCACAUAUGAUUACCAAACAAGUGGGCCGCAAGAUUUAUGAGGAUGAUGUGAGCGAUCCCGUGAUGGGGGGAGCUAGACGAUCUGUGUGGAUUAAUCGCCAGGGGCAAGGCAAACCGAUGGGUGCGGCUGGAGCGGCGGUUGGGAAACUGAUGAAGGCCGAGCCCUCGGUCGCUGCCGCAGGGGAAACUCUCUCGGUGAAGCAGCUGGCAAAUAAAGGGAAGGGGAAGGAAAAAUCACCGGCCCGACGUAGUAGCCCGGGAAGGGUCGUCCUCCAUCGCCACCCCAAAAUUCGCUUAGGCAAGCACCGGUCGAAGCUAUCGGAGGCUAGGAAGGAGACUCCAGAUGACGAUUCUGCGAUGAUGCAGGACAGCCAGGACUCUUCACCAACAAGGCUGGGAACGGAUGAUGCCCACUGUGAGGAUCACAUCGAAAGAAUUCAUGCGGACACGCGCCGCCGUCGCCUCCUCUUGGAUAAUGACUCUGAUGAUGACAUGGUUGAUGCGCCUGGAGUGCAGAGUGGUGCUGAAGUACGGCAUGCGGAGGCUAUCCCUCCGGUCACAGCAAUGGCUGAUACGCCAAGGAAGGGGAAGCCGCGUCGUGCUAAAGCUGUCCCACGAAAUAUCAAAAAUGGGAGCGCAGUCUCCCAAGAGAUGCCCAUGAAGUCUGCUGGGCAUCGGGAAGAGGGACCCUCGGCGAACACGAUGGCUGCAGGUUCAAAAAUGGGCGGCGAAGAGGGCACUCCCAAGAAGAGGAAGCCGCGCCGAGGCAAAUCCCAGCCGUUGGAGAAGGGGAACAUGGCUGCUGGGCCGGGUUCUCAAUCGGUGGCUGCUGUGGGCAAAAAUGAACCCAGACCAGUGGCCGAUCGUGAGGGUCGGAAGCCAAGGAAGGCGCUGGGGAGUGUGAUGGAGAAGGAUCAGGGGCGCGCGGUGGAGGUCCCCCUGAAGGCAGUGGAGAAAAGGGAAGGAAGGGAUGAUGCUUUGAUGGGCGAUGGGGAGCAUAUCCACCCUUCUCCCUUGAGUGGGGUUAUGGGCCCCACGGAGAGUGGAUCGGAAGGAACAGGCUCGGGGGAGGACUCUCAGGGCUUUAUGAUCAAACGUAGAAGUCCGCUGAUGGCUACAUCUUCCGCUCCCUCUAAGGGUAGGGUCAGUCAGGUGGUGGCAGCCUUUGAGGUAGGCCUAAAUAUUGCAGAGAAGGGCGGUGACAAGGUGAUGGGAGGAAGCAAGGAGGGCAAAACGGCGGAACCCCAGCCCACCCUCGUGCUUACUACGGCACAAAUUCCGCCACGACAUCCAAUGAAUAUGAGAAUGAUCCGCAGAGUCACCCCACCAAAAUCGAGCCACCAGCCUAUCUAAAAGCCGACAGAGGGAAAGAGGCAACUUAAAGCAAGACAUCACGUGCAGAGGUAAAGCCAAUGCAACGGAUUUAAUCAAAGUUUCCCUCGCCGCCCAAGAUAAGGUUUUCCGUUUCCAUCCCUGAAGACGCUCCAUCACCUUUUCCUCCAAGUAUCUGAACGUGGCCAUUUUCGAACGAGCAAUUAGCGUAGGCAAGCCCAAGUACUUGUCAUGGACCCCAACCGCCCCAACACCCAGAAUUGCGGCCAAGAACUCCUGGUCUUCCUGGAGGACAUUUUUGCUAAAGCAGACUGCCGAUUUAUCCAAGUUCACCCGUUGUCCACUCAACUCCUCAUAUUCGUUCAGGACCUCUAUCAAGUUUUCACAUUCCCGGAGAGUCCCUCGUAAGAAUAGAUAAGAGUCAUCAGCAAAGAACAGGUGGGAUAUGCGCGGCGCACGGGGGGCCACCUUAACUCCCUCCAAUUUCUUUUCGGUGAUAGCUUUGCGAAGAAGGGCAGCAAAUCCCUCCGUACAAAGCACGAAUAAAAGAGGAGAGAGAGGAUCCCCCUGCCGAAGCCCUCUAGAAGGAGUGAAGAACCCCGAGGGAGUCCCAUUCAUAAGCACAGAGAACGAGGCCGAUCGAAGGCACUCACGAAUCCACUCCUGCCAGGUAGAAUUAAAACCCAUCUUAUCCAAAAGCGCAAGGAGAAAGGGCCAUUCGACUCUAUCAUAGGCUUUUUCCAUAUCGACCUUCAGAGCCAUAUACCCUUUCUUCCCCUUCGUUUUAGUCUUAAGAUAGUGCAUUAAUUCAUGCCCCAGGAGAAUAUUAUCCACAAUUUGGCGUUCCCGA